CCAGGGGUUGACUCCACCCCCCAAAAAGCACCGUGCGCCUGGACGGGCGGCACGAAGGGCUCUGCGGGAUCGGCGUCUCCCUGCGAGUAGGCGGGCCGGCAAUGCGCAUGCUCUCUGAGAGCCGGCGACGGCGCGACAGCACCCCGCCAACAGCCCCGGCGUGGUUUAAAUCUGGCGCCUCGUUUGCUGAUUAGCCAGAUCUCGUCGCCAGCAUCCUCAAAGCAAGCGCGUUGGUGUCACACAAGCAGCCAGUCAGCAAAAAGCUUCUUCCGGCAGACGCACCAAUAGCUAGGGGCGGUGGCGCUGUCCAAUGAGCAGGACCCUACUUGGCGGGAGGUUAUAAAAACCCCGGGCCCGGCAUCUCCAGUUGCAGCGGUUCAGCAGCGGAGGGAGACGCCAUGUCCGGCCGUGGCAAAAGCGGCGGUAAGGCCCGUGCUAAGGCCAAGUCUCGCUCGUCCCGGGCUGGGCUGCAGUUCCCGGUGGGGCGCGUUCACCGGCUGCUGCGGCGCGGGCACUACGCGGAGCGGGUGGGAGCUGGUGCGCCCGUGUAUCUGGCGGCCGUGCUCGAGUACCUGACCGCUGAGAUCCUGGAGCUCGCGGGCAACGCGGCACGCGACAACAAGAAGACGCGCAUCAUCCCCCGUCACCUGCAACUAGCGGUGCGCAACGACGAGGAGCUCAACAAGCUGUUAGGCGGCGUCACCAUCGCGCAGGGCGGCGUCCUGCCUAAUAUCCAGGCCGUGCUGCUACCCAAGAAGGCUAGCAAGAGGGGCAGCGGGCAGCAGUCACAGGAGUACUAGGCCGGCCGGCCCUGCCGGCACCACUCAAAGGCCCUUUUCAGGGCCACCCCAUUGUUCACCGGGAGAGCUGCGAUCCGCGGAGGGAAGGGGAAGAGAGGCGUGGCCGGCCGUGGCUGCUGUGGGGCGGGCAGGAACCGGCCCGGGGCCAGUCAAACACUGCGAGAGCCUAAGGACCCGUUAAUUUAACUCUAACCUCUGGUUCAUUCAGUGGAUGUUGCCUAGAAAAUAAAACUGCUUUAUUUACAAAACAGGA